AUGAACCCGGAGAACGAGUCGGUUCCCGCCUCCAAGGCGACUACGCUCGCUGGCUCAGCUGCGCCCAGUCGUGCGGCGUCCGUCAAGAAGGAGGGGCACUCUGCGCCCUCGUCGCGACCGGGAUCCACCUUCCACCCCCAGGACGAGCUCGAUGGCGUUCCCUCGAAGGACCGCGCGCCGCCGUUCGUGGUGGCGCUCUGCCUCUUCCAGUCGCUCGCUGGUCUCCUAUUCGGAUGGGAGCAGGGUGUGAUCUCGGGCUUGAUCACGAACCCGGUCUACCAACGUCGCUUUGGCGAGGUUGACCCGACUUCGCCGUCCGGCUACUCCCUGACCUCGACCCGCCAGUCCCUCAUCACCGGUUUCAUGUCCCUCGGCGCCCUCUUCGGCGCGCUCCUCAUCGGCCAGCUCCUUCGCCGCACCGGUAUCAAGAUUGCCAUCAUCGUCUCGCUCGUGAUCUAUGCGGCCGGCAUUGCCAUCGAGACGUCGGGUCAGUCGCAAUACGGACAAGAGAUCGCAGGUCGCUUCGUCACCGGUUUCGGCGUCGGGUCGCUCUCGCUCCUCGCGCCGCUGUACCAGGCAGAGUGCUCGCCGAAGCACCUGCGCGGCCUGAUCACGAGUACCUACCAGCUCAUGGCGACGAUCGGCAUCUUCCUGGCCAAUGCCGUGAACUACGCCCAGCACGACAAGGGCACCGAUUUCUCGUGGCGUUUCCCCAUCGCCAUCCAGUUCAUCUGGGCUGCCAUCGUCUUUGUCGGGACCGUCCUCGCCCCCGAGUCGCCGCGUUACUACGUCCAGCGCAACAACAUCGACCGCGCCCGCGUCAACCUCGCCAAGCUUCGUGGUCUCGACGAGCAGGACCCCGAGCUCCUUGCUGAACUCGACGUGAUCGUCCAGGGCGUCGAGGACGAGAGGCUCGCGGCCGACGCGACCUACCUCGACUGCUUCCGCAUGAAGGACCGCAUGCUCCUUCGCACGAUGAACGGCCUGGCAAUCCAGAUGGGCCAGCAAUGGACUGGCGUCAACUUCUUCUUCAGCUACGGCAACAAGUUCUUCGCCACCUCCGGCAUCAAGGACCCGUACCAGACUCAACUCAUCCUCAGUGGCAUCAACGUUAUCGCUACCUUCCCCGGUAUCCUCGCCGUCGACCGCCUCGGCCGCAGGACGCUCCUCUUCAUCGGAUCUGCCAUGAUGUUCUCGGGUCAGAUUAUCGCUGGUUCCGUCUCGACGGCCAAGCCGGACGACCCCGCUGCUGGAAGGGCGUUGAUCUUCGCCUCGUGCUGGUUUAUCGCUGGUUUCGCUAGCUCGUGGGGACCUCUCGGAUGGGUCGUCGCCGCUGAGCAGUUCCCGCUCAAGAUCGCCCCUCUCUGCGUCUCGCUCGCCACCGCGUCAAACUGGCUCAACAACUUCAUCAUUGCCAUCAUCGUUCCUUACAUCACCGACCCCGGCUACGGCAACCUUGGCACCAAGAUCACCUUCAUGUGGGCUGGAACGGAGGCGCUCUUCGCCGCCUACACGUUCUUCUUCAUCCCCGAGACCAAGGGUCUCUCGCUCGUUCAGGUCGACGAACUCUACCUUACCGGCGUUCCUGCCUGGCGUUCGGCGAGCUGGACUCCGUACGGCGGCGCGACCACCCGCAACCAGAAGGAGCGCGACGAGGCAAAGCGCCUCAAGCUCGGCACCGAGGCGUCUCACCACGAGAACGUCCCAACCAAGCGCAACCUCGCUGAGGACGUCUAA